GGGGAAACUGUGUGACAUCACAUCCGGUUACCAGUUGUUGACAAAGCGCUGGCUCACUGUUGUGCGACGGGUUCACAAUCAAACUGGAUAUGGAGGGUUCAGCAUGGCAUCUCUCCCUGAAACUGCGGGACAAACCCAAGGCCAUGUUCCAGUUCCCGGAGUCCGAGCCUGGAGACGUCCAUCCCGGAGGAUACCAGGUGUCGACGCUCAAACAACUGAUCUCAGCGCAGUUAUCGGACGCGCUGCCCGAGCCUGAGCUCAUCGACUUUGUGCACUGUGGCUGUGUGCUCAAGGACGAUCUCACGCUGGACUCCUACGGGAUCAAGUCUGGAUCCACACUACACAUCAUCAAGAAGACGUGGCCGGAGCCGGAGGUCAAGCCUGAGCCGGUGAACAGAUCUGCUGCGGCUCGAGAGUUCAGGAUGCUUCAGGCCGGGCUGAUCUCCAACUCUGCGUACAGAGAAGCGGUGUAUAAGAUGCUGGCUAAUAAAGAGUCGCUGGAGCAGAUUAUCGCGGCCUCACCUGGACUCAGCUCAGAUCCCGUGGCUUUAGGUGUGCUCCAGGAUAAAGAUCUGUUCGUUCAGUUCACAGACCCGAACCUGCUGGACACGUUGAUCCGCUCUCACCCGGCAUUGGUGAACGCCAUCGUCCUGGUCCUGCACUCGGUGACCAGCAGCAUCUCCAGUCAGUCCGGCUCGUCUCGCAACACAUCGGCCAGUUCCUACAGCGAAAUGCCAGGAGGUUUUCUGUUCGAGGGCAUGUCAGACGAUGAUGAGGAUUUCCAGCCUCAUGGAAACCGAACCAGACAUCAGAGACCGUUUGCAGCAUCGAGACCGACGACUCUGGGUCCCAGUGGAGCAACCGGGCCUCGUCCCAUCACUCAGAGCGAGCUAGCAUCAGCCCUAGCUUUAGCCAGCACCCCCGAGGCCAGCACUCCGGUCAGACACAGACACACUCUCACACUCACUCACUCACACACACACACACACACUAAUGCUCUCUCUCCUCUGUGCCAGGACGUGUCCUCUGGCGCUCCGGUCAGCAACAGUCUCCUCACUCAGGCUCUUCAACAAGCCCUACAGGCGUCUGGCGUGAGCUCGCUCCAGGGCCGCUGGCAGACACAGAUGCAGCAGCUCAGGGAUAUGGGCAUCCAGGACGAGAGUCUGGCCCUGCGAGCGCUAACGGCCACGAACGGGGACCUGCAGUCGGCACUCGAGAUCAUCUUCUCCGGGGGACUGUAACCGGCCCAGUUUUUCUUGUUCUUUUUUUAUUACUUUUCACUUAAAUAAUAAUAAAAAAAAGUUGUAUCAAA